UGUGUAUUUCAAGCUACACAUUUUCAGGACCUUUCUCCAAUAUACCAUUAUUCUGAAUUCUCUUUAACAUCCUGUCUCCUGUCUGACAGUUCAGCAAUCUGAAAGGAAGAUGGAACACAUUGAAGUUAUGCUGAUUCUGUUACUGCUCUAUAUUUGCUAUGUAACAGGGAAUGGGCCUGUCCCAGUGAUUGGCCGUGUAGAAGGUUCUGUCCUACUGCCAUACUGUCAGCCAGUUUCAGUCGUUGAAGUAACUUGGGAUUUUCCAUGCAAUGGACACAGAGUAAAAGUGGCCGAAUUCAGAAACCAAAAGUUUAGUAUCACCGGGGAGGAGUUCCGCAGCCGCAUGGAUUGCUGUGAUAAUGGAACCUCAGUAAUGAUAAGAAAUCUGACAGUGAACGACAGUGGGAUCUACACAGCACUCAUUUAUGACACUGAACACAGAAGACAUGAAAUAUCUUAUAAUCUCACAGUAUUCGAGCUGGUUCCCAAGCCAGAAAUAAAGUGGGAAAAGAAGUGGAAUGAAGAUGGCCAGUGUUAUUAUACACUGAACUGUUCUGUCCAAUCAGACUCCCCAGCGCUGUCCUACAGUUGGAUGUACAGAUAUAAUAACUCUGAGUAUCAACACUAUGCAAAUGGGAGCACAAUCCAAAUCUCAGCACACAAGAACACACGGGAAUUUCUCUGCUUGGUACAAAAUCCUGUGAACGAGGAAAAUACCGCUUUUGUUGUAUCAACCUGUCCAGAGAAAGGAAAUAAAAGAAUAGAAGAAGUGCUGAUUCUCAGUGUAAUUACAAGUGUGUGUUUCCUUGCUGCUGUAUUUGGGUUUCUGAUUCUAAGAAAAAGUCGGCUUGUCAAAAAGAAUCAUGAUAUUAUAUAUACUGGUAUUGGAGGUUUUCCACUGAAAAGUACCAAUCAGAACGUGUGUAAUCAAAAUGGAACCAACAGAAAACCUUUGCUAUACCCAGAAACAACCUAUGUUGAUGUCAAGCGAUAGCUGGCUCUCAAAUGGGAGUCACUGACCCUGAAAAACAAAACAUGUAUUUCUACAGUUUUAUUGCCACUUAUCGUUCUAUUAAGGCCCACUCCUCUUCAUCUUCCUGCCUCUCAUUCAAACCAAGGCCUGGUUGCUAGGGUUAAUUAGACCGGGAAGCUGCAUUCUCUAAGCUGAAUGGGAGACCCUGUGGCUGGUUGGGUUUCGGUCUUGAAUGUUGGCUAAAGUGGUGGAGCGGUGGAUACAUCGACUGCCCUGAUUCAUUUGAAUAGCCCCAUACAGCAAGCAAGAACUGAAAUGGAGAUGGACUUUUGGGGAACAUUUAUCAUAACCCACAAUAAACAGCACAACUGACUUUCUAUAUAGCACAGAAAAGCCACAAGUUAAUAUAUAAACGCAAUACAAACUGCAUUAAUCUGUCAAAUGCUGCUUUAUCUAAUGGUCUCAGGUAUGUGUAUAGAUUUUAAAGGUCAAAUGAAACUGUGCCAGAGAAUACCAGCCACACCUAAAAGGAGGUAAUUACCCAAUAACCGCUUUUUAAUCAUUUUUUCAUGUUUAAUGAAUUGGCAUUUUGGUAUACUUAAUUGGUACAAAUUGGUGUAUGUAUAUUGUAUUGUAUUGUAUAUUGGUCUAUGUAUGUAUAUUCCUGUACUAUAAAAUGUAGGAUUGUAAUGCAUUCGGAAUGUGCAAUAAGAUUUAAUACAUUUUAUUAUAUUUAUUGGCGAUAUAAUUAAAUGUAUCCAUGAUAUUAAGCAAUAAAGUCAAUAUUUGUUAGCGAAAA